AUGACAUAUGAAGGACUUCAAAACAACCUGAACAGAAGUAACUCCAGCUGUUGUAUGUUUGAAGAACCUGUUCUCUUCUACCUUCUUCCUCCCAUACUAAUUCUAAUAAUUGUGCUGGGAUCUGUUUUUAACUGCGUAGCUUUAUGGGCAUUUUGCUUCCACGUCAAGAAAUGGAAGAGCAGUACAGUUUAUCUCUUCAACUUGUCGAUGGCUGAUUUUCUACUCAUUAUCUGCCUGCCCUUCAGAACAGACUAUUAUCUGAAGAAGAAACGCUGGAUUUAUGGAGAUGUCCCAUGCAGACUAAUGCUUUUCAUGCUUUCAAUGAACAGGGCAGGAAGCAUCCUCUUUCUCACUCUGAUUGGACUGGAUCGGUACUUCAAAGUUGUUCAUCCACACAAUAAAAUCAAUUCCUUAUCCACAAAGUCUGCCACCAUUAUUUCAUGUGCUGUGUGGCUUACAACAAUUGCAACAAAUACCUUCAUUCUCACUGAAGAUCAUUACGGAGGAGACAUAUCAAGCAAUUAUAUUUGUGAAAGUUUUAUGGUUUGUCCUGCUGACUCAUGUUGGCAUGACGUGUCCUUUAUUCUUCUUUUUUUCCUCCCUCUGUGCAUUGUUCUCUUUUGCUCUUAUAGCAUCAUAUGGAAACUCAGGCAGAGGAACCUGGACAGGGAUUCAAAGAUAAAGAAAGCAGUCAAAUGCAUAAUAUCGGUUGGUAUUGUGUUCCUGGUAUGUUUUUUACCAAGUGUGUCAACCAGGAUAAAAAUCUUAAUCCUUUUAUCUUAUCCACAAAGGAAUGAUUGCAGCAUAUAUAAAUCUAUAGACACAGCAUUUUAUGUUACUAUUUGCUUGACAUAUAUGAACAGUAUGUGCAACCCUUUGGUCUACUUCUUCUCAAGCCCCUCAUUCAGUGUAUUUUAUAGAAAGAUCCUGAAGUGUUCAAACCAAUCUGACUCUGAAUCAAACACAGUGCCUACUAAUCCCAACAUUACUUCUUAA